UUUUGAUAUGUAUUACUUACAUAGCUAAAAUUAUUAUUAUUAUAUUUCUGGAUGUUCACUUUCAUUACUUUAAUACCUGUUUUAUGUGAUCAAAAGGUGAAUCAGUACACAAAGAAUGCAAACAAGUUAAAAAGCUAAUAUGGCAGGAUUUAAAGCUUUCCACGACGCAAGCUUAAACUUCGAACAGGAACUUAAUGCCCAAGCUGAUAAUUUAUAUUGUACUAAAGUUAAUGACAAUUUCGAAGACGCCGUUACGAAGAAACAGGAAAACCUAUCCUUUCUUACGUCAAAGUUGCGCUUGUUACAAGCAAAGACGGUAUCAGUGCCUACACAAGUAAAAGAAACUGAACUAGAUGCUGAGCGAGUUAUCAAUGACCUCAAUGGAACUGUGACCCUUAAGCUUAUUGAACAGCAACUUGUGAAGAAUGUGACUCAAAGUAGUGCGGUGAAAGAGCUUCUAGCAACACCAAAUGAGGCUCUUGAACCUGAAUUAAUAGAAAGGAAGAAAAACAUCCUUGCAGUAGCUGCUGAAUUUGCUGAUAAGGAAUUAAAACUACAGCAUUUAUAUAACACAUUAAAAGAGGAGCACAGCACCUUAUUGCAGUUGCGAAAAGAAUGGGACACUGUAAGGGCAGAACUAAAAAGUAGUCAAAGAAUAACACAUAAUCAGGAAGAGAACAAAGGACCAUUGUAUAGGAAACUUCAAAACGUAGUAGCGAAAAUAGAGCAAAUGCGAUGGAUGAUACCGAAGCUCGUUAUAGCAAAGUCUAGACACUACGAUUGGGAAAGUGACCCCUAUUCAAGACUGAAAGUACUAGCCCUAUCACGACAAUGUUACACUGUACAAUCGUUUACUGACAACUAGCUCUGUAAUAUUAAACAUAGUUAUAUCAACUAUGUAACAUAGCUAGUCUGUCAUUUCUUAACUUAAAUUAUGAUAACUAAACAUAUUUUAAUCAAGUAUAAGUGUAUUAUUUUAUGUGGUAAAUAAAAGCUUUAUUGACUA